AUGGGCAAAGAUCGUGAUAACGACCGUGAGGAGCGUCGCAGCCGCGAACGCGGCGAAGGACGCGACAACGAUAACUCAAACAAACGCGGUGAUGACGAUAACAGCUACGGAUCGAACAAGCGCGACAACGACAACGACAACGACAACAGUUAUGGCUCGAACAAACGCGACGACGGCCACAGCUACGGUUCAAGCAAACGUGAUGACAACGACAACGACAACAACUACGGCUCGAACAAGCAGAGCUCUUAUGGUCAAUCUGAUGACAACGACAACUCGAACCGCAACGAGGGCUCGUAUGGGGAAAACAAGGGUGGCAGCAAUGCAUAUGGGUCAUCCAAUAAGGAAGACUCGUACGGCUCGUCCCGCAACGACAACGAGAACUCGUAUGGAUCAUCCAACAACGAGUCAAAGAGCGAGUCGUAUGGAUCCUCCAACAAGGCCUCGUACGGAUCAUCUGGAAAUGACAACGACAAUUCAUAUGGCUCUUCCAACAAUGAGUCGAAGAGUGACUCGUACGGGUCAUCGAAUAAGACCUCCGGGUACGAUAAUGAGAAUUCGUACGGUUCAUCCAAUGAGUCCAAGGGCAACACGUACGGAUCGUCGACCAACGACUCGUCCUCUGGGAACAACCAGAGCUCUUAUGGAUCGUCCAACAAUCAAUCAACGGACUCGUCCAAUAACUCCGGGUCUUCGGGCAACCAAGGAGAUUGGAUCGAUAAGGGUGUUCAGUACGCCGCCAAGCAGGCUGGUUACGAUAUUGACGCGUCGACCGCUGCGAAGAUCGGCGAUGGUUUGCAAGAGGGCCUCAAAAAGUUCGGGGGAGACAAAUUCGCUCUAUUAGGAGGCUUCUAA